CGUCUUGACUAUUCUUGCGAACAUAAAAUAUAGAGGACGAACACGAUGUCUUCGUUGUUUGGCAAGAAGCACAAAUCGCAUCACACCGGAAGCAAAGAGCGCAAUGCGAAACUGUUGUUGAAACGGAAACAAGAGGAGAUAUCUGCUGUAAGCAAAGAAGAAAAUGGUUCUGGCGAACGUGCAGCGGAAAAAAGCGACACGAGCUUCGACGAUGUUCCAGCGUUAUCUCCCUGGGCAGGCUUUGAAGACCUUGGAUUGACCGAUCCGCUUGUCGAAACUUGCAAAGCUCUGGGAUUCAAACGUCCUACGCCCGUGCAACGACACAUUAUUCCUUUUUUGUUGCGGAAUGAAUCGGCUCAUGUCUUGGCGUUGGCUUCGACGGGAAGUGGAAAAACAGCAGCAUUUGUCCUCCCCAUUUUGAAUCGGCUGUCGGCCGAUCCCUAUGGCAUUUAUGCCGUGAUUGUCAGUCCGACGCGGGAACUCGCGAAGCAGAUCCAUCAGCAAGUGUUGGCUUUGGGAAGCUCCUACAAUAUCGAAUCGACGUUGGUAGUCGGUGGCAUGGACAUGACGAAACAAUCAUCUGCACUGGAGCAUCGGAAGCCUCAUUUUGUAGUUGCAACACCCGGCCGAUUGGCGGAGUUACUUCGCGGACCGAGUCCACCGAAGCUCCAACACGUUCGAUUUUUGGUGCUGGACGAGGCCGAUCGACUCCUGACAGCCAAUUCGGGGUUCGAAAAGGAUGUCGCGGAAUUGCUCUUGCAUUGCAAUCGGAACAAGCGGACGCAGUGUCAAACAUUACUCUUUAGUGCUACAAUGACAAGGAGCUUGGAAAGUGUCGAAGAAAUUGCGGGGGCUGGAAAAGGGCGAUUGCCGCUCAAGAAAUUUGUGAUCAAGUCUGACGAAAGCAACAAAAAUAAGCGACAGAAACUUGGUGCGGAGAACGAAGAAACUAGUGAAGAAAGUGACGAUGAAGAUGGUGUGGUUGAAUGUGGAAAUGACGAAAGUGACAGUGCCGAAAACGAAGUCGAGAGGAAGAAACGUAUUGAAGAGGCCCUCACACCACGAAUUCCUGCAGGCUUGAAGCAAGAAUACAUUUUUAUGCCAUCCAGAGUCCGAGAUGCUUAUCUUUUAACAACUAUUCGAAAUAUAUUGUCGAAUGGAGGACGGGCAAAAGAUUCCAAAGGUCGCCAUGCUUGGAGAGGGGGGAGGAAGGUUUCCCUGGGUAGAGGCGAAGACGAGAACAGCGACGACGAAGAGGAAGGGAAGUCUCGGUCGGCUAUUGUAUUCGUUGCUACCUGUGAACGCGCAGCGUUGGUCUCAGGAAUAUUAAACGAAGUUGGAGUAGAAAACGUGGCAUUACACUCGUUGCUCACGCAGAAUCGACGACUAGCUGCCCUUGGCAAAUUUAAGUCCCAACAGGUUCGGGUAUUGGUUGCCACAGAUAUCGCCAGUAGGGGUCUCGAUGUACCCUCCGUGGACUUAGUGAUCAAUUCAGAAUUACCCAGAAACCCAACGUCCUAUGUCCAUCGUAUCGGUAGAACUGCAAGAGCAGGUCGCCGCGGCCGUGCCAUCAGUUUGGUUUCCGAACAAGACGUAUCCUUGGUUCAUGCAGCCGAAGAAAUCACUGGACGACCUCUCGAAAAAUGUUCCGAAAUUACCGAUGAAGCCGCCAUACGGAUGUUGGGGCCAGUGACCAAGGCGGCUCGUUUGGCCAAAAUCAAACUGAUGGACAUUGGAUUUGACGAAUUGGUGAAGAAAUUCAAAGAACGCAAAGCACGCGAUCGGAAAGAACGCCAAAGAAUCGAGCGAUCGCUCCGGAAACAGGCCAAGAAAGCAGAAAGAAAAAAACAAGCCGAAACUGCGUAGAAAAUCGUUGGACGCCUUUUCACGAAAAAGUCUUCGUUGUUUUGAAUCUAUUUGAUUCAUGUUGUAGUAGACUCGAUGAUUCGUAAACUUUGUCCCAGAUACAGAAACGUAGAUUGAAGACCAUUGCAUACCAUCUUAGAAGUGCAGAUAGAAGUAGCAUUGAUACAUCGAAAGUGAUCUCAGAGAAUAAAACAUACAAGGGACAUGAGCACAUAUCAUCACAACUUUCUGAAGAAUGAAUUUCGAAGGAAAAACAUUAUGUUAACAUUUGAAUGACAGUCCUACCGAGAGGAAUAACUGCAACGGCCAAAGUUUACGUGCUAUCGAUCUACAUCGAUACAUAUACAAAACAAAGAGAACGCUGACUCUUUGUAUCAGAUAGAAAUCUACCAGAUUAAAUUAGGAAAACAACA